GUAACAGCCGCGCCCGCCGCCGCUCCGGCCCCGCCGCCGCCAUGGAGCCCGUGCGCUCCUGGGGCCCCGCGCAAGCGGCCGCCUGGCUCCGAGGGCUGGACGAGGCGGUGCAGGGGUACCCCUUCGAGGCCUGGGGGCUCGCGGGGCCUGACCUGCUGGGGCUGGACGCGGGGGUCCUGGAGGCACUGGGCGUGCGGCCCUUGGGACACCAGGAGCUGCUGCUGGAGGCCGCGGAGCAGCUCCAGAACCUGGACACAGGGCUGGCGAGCACCAGCCUGCGGACGCUGACGGAGAGGCUGCAGGAGCUGGCACAGAGCAUCCAGAGCCUGGUGCAGGCAGGGCUGUCAGCAGGGGAUGCCCCCCAGCCGCCUUCCCUCACCCUCCUGGCCCGAGCCAUCGACCUGGUUGGCGCUGCCAAGGAACUCUUCUCCUGGCUCAACAGGUCUGGGGCAGGUGAGGGCACCCCUGGGUGCUGGGUGCCCCCCACUCCGGGGGCUGAGCUCUGUCUUCCCCCCAGGUACCUGUUCUCCACCCUCAACGACUUUUCGGCCAGCCGGGACAUCAUCCUGCUGUGUGCCCAGCUGGCAGAGAUGCUGCAGGCGGACCUUCCUGCGGCCGAGAGGAGCAGCGGGAUCCUGCAGAUUUGCCAGCACAUCGUGGGCAUCUGCGAGAGCAUCGUGGGCUGCAGCCCCCCGGCGCUGCUGGACCGCAGGGCUGUGCUGCAGCGUGUGGGGCUGGCGCUGCUCCCCGUCCCACAGGGCAGCCCCCCGAUAUCCCCCAGCACCCCAACGCUGCCCCUUGGCCUGCGGCAGAGCCCCCCAACAUCCCCUGACACGCCAACGCUGCCCCCCAGCCAAUGGAGCAGCCCCCCAGGAUCCCCUGGCACCCCAACAGCACCCUCUGAUCUUGUGGGGAGCCCCCAGUCACUCCUCACCGCCCGACUGGGCUUUGAGAUCACCUCCACCAGCUCCUGCCUGCACUUCGUGUCUGCCACCACCCCAGAGGCCCUGGCUGCCCACGGGGACCACAUCCUGCCCGGAGAUGAGAUCGUGCAGGUCAACGAGCAGGUCGUGGUGGGCUGGACUCCUGUCAACCUGGCGAGGAAGCUGCUGGAGAAGGGGAAUGAGGUGACUUUGGUACUGAAGAAGAUCCCCCUCAACCUGCCUGGCACACCCCCCUCUCCCAGGCAGCAGCCCCCAGGAGCAUUGUUGGAUGCUGCAGAUUCCCCUGGCACCAGGAGUGGUGAGAGCCCAGGCAGCCCCGUGUCCCUGACCUCGAGCGUUGCAGCCGACUUGGACUCGGGACCAGACUCUGUCCCAGAUCCCGGCACUGAGGAAGAACAGGAAGAGGCUGAGCAGGAUCUGAGGCUGCCCCAGGCAGCUGUGGAGGAGCUGCCGGGCCCGUCUGGACAGGGUAGGAUGGGAGCAGAGGGUGUCCAGGGAUGGAGCAGUUCUCCCCAGGGUAUGAGGCUGCAGCCCUGCUCGCUGUUCACAGGUGCUGCAGAGGUGUGGGACAGUGGCAGCCCCCUGGGAACCCCCCUGGACACCCCCCUGGGCACCCCCCUGAGCACCCCUGCUGCCACUGACCCCUGUGCUACAGAGCUGAGCCCCAGGGCAGCCCCCGCCACGGGGGCUGGGGGAGCAGAGCCCAGCCCUGAAGAGGGCAGCCCGAGCACGGGCCGCAGACCAAAAGGAGUGGCGACCAGGCUGAGCCGCCGGCGCGUCUCAUGCCGCGACCUGGGCCGGGUGGACUGCGAUGGGUGGCUCCUGAAGAAGAAGGACCACGUGGGCUUCAUGGCCCAGAAGUGGAAGCGCUGCUGGUGUGUGCUCAAGGGCCACACGCUCUACUGGUACCACCACCCCAACGAUGAGAGGGCUGCAGGACUCAUCAACGUGGCCACCUACAGCCUGGAGAGCACGAGGGAGCAGAAGAAGAAAUACGUGUUCCAGCUGUGCCACCAGACAUACAAGCCCUUUGUCUUUGCUGCUGAAACCUUGGCUGACCUGAGCAUGUGGGUGGGUCGCCUGGUGACAGCCAAAACAAAGUACACGCUGGCCCACCAGGCAGUCCCGGACAAGGAGGAAGGUAACGAGGCCAUCCCGGGCUGGGGUCGGUGGGAGGGGGUCCCCAUGGGUGCUGCCCGGUGCCACAGCCCUGGCGUGGCCCGUGGUUUGGGGGAAUGUGACAAACGCUCCCUGAGGGGCGGCUGGGAUGGUUCCCAGCCCUGGGAGGGAAUUUCUGUCUGCUCCCACGGCCUCCAGACUGCUACAGCGAGACAGAAGCUGAGGACCCCGAUGAUGAGUCCCCCAGGCACGGAUCUGACUCGCCAAGGAAGAGGCUGCAGAACACCGUGGAGAAGGCACAGCUCUCCCCAGCCAGCAGCCCCCAGGGCAGCCCCCGGCCCUGCUCCCCCAUGGGUAGGUGCAGGGGGAACAUCUGACCCCUGUCACCUCCUGUCCCUCCCUUUUGCCCCUGGGCGUGCUGGGGGUGACUCGAGUUGGGGUGUGUUUGGGUGUGAACCAUCUCGGGGUGGAGACUACAGGAAAGAUGGAGAGGGAUUUUUUUAAUGACACAGAGUGACAGGGCAAGGAGGAAUGGAUUUAAACUAAAAAGAGUGGGUUUAGAAGGACAGUGUUCCCUGUGUGAGUGGGCAGGCCCUGGCACAGGGUGCCCAGAGCAGCUGUGGCUGCCCCUGGAUCCCUGGCAGUGCCCAAGGCCGGGUUGGAUGGAGCUUGGAGCACCUGGGACAGUGGGAGGUGUCCCUGCCAUGGCAGAGGUGGAACAAAAUCAUCUUUAAGGUCCCUUCUGAGCCAAACCACUCCAUGAUCCCAUGCCUUUGGGGCAGGGCCAUGCACGGGGGAGCCCGCUGGGUCUCGGGGCUGCCCUCCUGCUCCAGUGCCCCCUGUCCUCGCCCAGACCCCGCCGGGGAGGACCUGGAGAGCCUGGCGCGGUGCCUGAGGCAGGGCGGCGUGUCCCUCACGGGGCAGCGGCGGGCCCUGACGCAGGAGCAGUGCCGAAAGUCCUUCCUGCGGCGCAACAGGAACCCGCACAUCAACGAGAGGGUGCACGCCGUGCGGGCCCUGCAGAGCACGCUCAAGGUGCGAGCCCGCAGCCCCCUCCCAAAGCCCCCCGCCCGCGGCCGCCCCCACAAAACGUGCGUUGCUCCGGGCAGGCGAAGCUGGCGGAGCUGCAGGCGCUGGAGCAGCUGCUGGGAGAGGCCGCGCUCACCUCGGACACCUUCAGGCGCUGGAAGGAGGAGCACCAGGAGCUGUACCAGGAGCUGCGGGAGGGCUGGGCAGGGCAGCAGGGCGGUGCUGGAGACCAGCACAGCCCGCACGGAGAGGCAGCUGAGCCCUGAUCCCGCCCGGGCCUGGCGUGGGGCGGUGCCCGCAGCACUCGGGGCACGCUGGGCGCUCUGUGCCGGGGGGUUUGAACACGUCCUGUGUUCCUCAAUAUGUCAACAUGUCAUGUUUUGGAAGGCUCAGCCCCCACAGAGGCCACCGCGCAGGGGAUCCGGCUCCUUAAUUUUUAAGUGACAGUCUUAAUUGUUCCUGACCUUGGCUGCGGGUUGGCAAAGGGGAUUUUCAUUCCCUGCUGCGGUGCUGCCAGCCGGCCCAGCCAUGGGCUCUCCUGCUGUAAAUAAACGUGCUGACAAGG